UGCGCCUGGAGCCGCGCCGGCGUCCGCAUGGCGCCGUCGCCGCGGCACCGGCUGCUCCCGGGGGGCUCGCUGUCCAUCGGGAACCUGUCCCGGAGCGACGCCGGCUCCUACCGGGUGGAGUGCGCGAACGCCGAGGGCAAGGGCAGCGCCAGCGUCCUCCUCGACGUGGAAUACCCCCCCUCCAUCGUGCGGGCGCCCGACCCCGUGGUGGUGGACGAAGGGGGGAGCGUAGAGAUGGAGUGCGAGGCGGAAGGGCGCCCCCUGCUGGACGGGAGUCUCCGAUGGCAGCGCCUGGGGGCGCUGUCUCCAGGCUCCGUGGGGCUCCCCGUGGGGCUGGAGGCGCUCGGCGGGGUCCCCGUGGGGCGGCUGCGGGUGUCGGGCGCCCGUCGGGACAUGGGCGGGGCCUACGAGUGUCACGUGGACACGGGGGUGCCGCCCCCCGCCCGCGCCGUCAUCCGCCUCGUGAUUCGCUAUGGGCCGGAGCUGGAGGCGGCGCCGGCGCCGGAGCCAAUCCCGGUGCUGGUUCCGGAUGGAGCCGAUGCCGUGGCCGUGGGGUGCCGGGCGCGGGGGGUGCCCCCCGUGGAGCUGCACUGGGAGCAAGGGGGCCGCCCCAUCAGCACCACGGACAGCAGGUUCCAGCAGCUCCAAUGGUCGGACCCCCCCUGGACCAGCGCCCUCCUGACCGUGGCCAACAUCAGCCAGGAUCGGGCCCGGCUCCGCUCCCAGGCCCUGAACUGGGCCCAGUUGUGGGCCCGGGCCCCCUCCCAGUACCUGAACUGGGACCAGGCCCAUGCCGGGUACUGGGACGGCAACGGGACACUGGGAAUGGUGGAGUGCGUGGGGCGGAGCCAACUGGGAACGGCGAGGAGGCGCUUCCGGCUGCGCCUGGCGG